AUGUCCGAGACUCAGGCAACCCAGGGCAAGAGGGUCUUCAAUGUGGGCACCCGAGAGUCCCCCUUGGCCAUGGCGCAGGCGCACAUCGUCGCCAACUCCCUCAAGGCCCACUUCCCGGAGCACGAGUUUGCCAUCCACGGCAUGACGACGACCGGCGAUCGCGACCAGAAGACGGCGCUGUACAGCUUUGGAAGCAAGGGCCUGUGGACAUCGCAACUGGAGGAGAGGCUGGUGAACAAGGAGCUCGACCUCGUGGUCCACUGCCUCAAGGACAUGCCGACGGCCCUGCCCGAGGGCUGUGUCAUUGGGUGUGUGACAUCUCGCGAGGACCCUCGGGAUACACUCGUGAUCAAGAAGGAACUGGUGGAAAAGAACGGCUGGAAGUCGCUGGCCGAUCUGCCGGCCGGCAGCGUCAUCGGCACCAGCAGCGUGCGCCGGAUCGCCCAGCUCGUCCGACGAUACCCGACGCUCAAGUUCAAGGAUCACAGAGGCAACAUCCAGACGCGAUUGAGGAAGCUGGAGGAGGACCCGGCGCUCACUGGCAUUAUCCUGGCGGCCGCCGGACUCCAGCGCAUGGAUCUUGAUCAUCACAUUUCGCAGUUCCUCGAAAAGGACACCGGUGGUAUCCUGUGGGCCGUCGGCCAAGGCGCCUUGGCGGUCGAGUGCCGCGCGGACGAUGAGGCGGUGCUCAAGAUCCUCAAGACGGUCGAGGACGAGAAGACGGCGCUGGAAUGUGAGGUCGAGAGGAGUGUCAUGCGGGCGUUGGAGGGCGGAUGCAGUGUGCCCAUCGGCGUGGAGACAAAGUGGAUGGACGGCAAGCUGCGAAUGCGGGCUACGGUGGUGUCGGUGCGUGGCGACGAGGGCGUUGAAACCGAGAUGACCGAGGCCAUCACCACCAUCGAGGCCGCAGAUGACUUUGGCAAGCGGGUCGCAAAGGACCUCGUGGACCGGGGCGCCGGCAAGAUCCUGGAUGCCAUCGUGGCGUCUCGGCAGGUGCCUGAUACGAUCAAAUAG